GCCGCGGCGAGCUCACCCGAGCCGCAAAAAUGGAGGCCAAGCUGCUGCUCCUCUCCUUCCCCUCCCCGCCGGCCGCCCCCCACCACCCGCCGCCCCCCAAAUCCCUAUUCCUCGGCGCCUCCCUCCCGCUCCACCCGCUGGCCGCCGCCCCGCCGCCGCUGCGCACCCGGCCCCGGCUGGCCGUCGUGGCGCAGGCGGCCGCCGUGAAGCGCCGAAAGGAGGUGCCUUUCGACAACGUGAUCCAGCGGGACAAGAAGCUGAAGCUGGUCCUCAAGCUGCGCAACAUCCUCGUCUCCCACCCGGACCGCGUCAUGAGCCUGCGGGACCUCGGCCGCUUCCGCCGCGACCUCGGGCUCACCCGCAAGCGCCGCCUCAUCGCGCUCCUCAAGCGCUUCCCGGGCGUCUUCGAGAUCGUGGAGGAGGGCGUCUACUCGCUGCGGUUCCGCCUCACCCCCGCCGCCGAGCGCCUCUACCUCGACGAGCUCUACCUCCGCAACGAGUCCGAGGGCCUCGCCGUCGCCAAGCUCCGCAAGCUGCUCAUGAUGUCGCUCGACCGCAGCAUCCUCAUCGAGCGGAUCGCGCACCUCAAGAACGACCUCGGCCUGCCCUCCAACUUCCACGACAGCAUCUGCCUCAGGUACCCGCAGUACUUCCGCGUCGUCAGGAUGGACAGAGGCCCCGCGCUGGAGCUCACGGAAUGGGACCCCGACCUGGCCGUGUCGGCCGCCGAGAUGGCGGAGGAGGAGAAUCGGGCCAGGGAGGCCGAGGAGAGGAAUCUUAUCAUCGACCGGCCGCUCAGGUUCAACCGCGUGAAGCUGCCCAAGGGCCUGAAGGUGUCGAGGGGAGAGGCGCGGAGGAUUGAGAAAUUCAGGGAAAUGCCGUACAUUUCGCCGUACGCCGACUUCUCGCACCUGCCGUCGGGGUCCCCUGAGAAGGAGAAGCAUGCCUGUGGGGUGGUUCAUGAAAUUCUAAGCCUGACACUUGAGAAGCGCACCCUGGUUGACCACCUGACACACUUCCGGGAGGAGUUCCGGUUCUCGCAGUCUCUGCGGGGAAUGCUCAUCCGGCACCCUGACAUGUUCUAUGUGUCACUCAAGGGAGAUAGGGACUCGGUGUUCCUCCGUGAGGCGUACAAGAACUCGCAGCUGAUCGAGAAGAGCCAUCUGGUGUUGCUUAAGGAGAAGAUGAGGGCUCUUGUUGCAGUUCCACGCUUCCCUCGGCGUGGUGGGCCUAGGACUGGUGAAGAGACAGAGGGGCCCAAUGGCGCUGCGCAAGGGUAUAAUGAAGGAAGUGACAUGGAAGAUGAUGAAGACGAUGAUUUUUCGGACAUGGAAGAUUUGAUUGGGGAACUUGGUGGCAAAUCUGACAACAGCGGCUACCGCUGGGGUGAUGGCUGGGUUGGCGAGAGUGAUGGCUCGCCACCGGACUUCGGAGAUGGUGAUGACUCAGGUCCACAAGAAAUCGAGGUACCUAAGUCAAAGAGUAAUACAACCAAUGAUGCCGACGACGACUCGUCUGUUCCUUUAUUUCCUGACGGCAGACAACGGGAACGGUGGUAAACUGAGCUAUUUUGAGAUUUAGCUGAUAGAAAUCUUAAUCUGUAUUGUUAGUUUUAUCAUCUUAUCUGAUUGCAAAGCCUUCUAUGUCUUUUGAUGUGCCCUGCUGGGUUGUUGGCUAGUGUUACGUAUCAGCAAGCACGUGAGUAGCUUACAGUAUCAUAUUGUGAACAACCUGCAUGGUAACACUAAAACUGUCUUCAGCACAGUUGUGCGCACAUUCACAAUAGACAUAUAUGUAAAACUAUAUAUGACAUGAAUGAAAGAUAGUCAUGGCUGCAAA